AUGAUUGAACGGUUUAUGAGAAAUGAUAAGGAUCGUCCGUCUGCGAGAGAUGGGCAGCAAAAUGGAACGAAUGAUGACAGUUACUUUGUUAAGUUUUUACACUGGAUUAUAACUCUAGAUACUUAUGAUGGUAGUUCCAGAAAUUAUGGCCGGAUGACGGAAACAACCAACUAUACUUUCUUCUUCGGUGGUAGAGUGAGAACGGUUACAAAAACAAGCGUUUACUCGAUAGUUGUGUUUGCAAUGUUUAUUGUUCCACUAAUAUUGUUUUCUAUAUUUGAAUGCAAUUAUCUAUGGCAUCACAAAGGCACAAACUGGAAACCAGCUAUCGUUAUCCUAUAUUAUUUCUAUUUGUUGACGAUAUGCAGUUUCCUCAGGGCAGCGUGUUCUGAUCCAGGAAUAGUACCAAGAAACGUCCAUAUACCUGAUCUGAAUGCAUCGUAUAAAAUACCGCAAGAGUAUUAUAACUACGCAAUUCUACCCACCAAAAACCCUAAUGCAUCGGUAUCAAUGAAGUAUUGUCAAACAUGUAGAAUUUGGAGACCACCUAGAUCAGCACAUUGUUCAGUAUGUGAUGUAUGUGUCUUGAGUCAUGAUCACCAUUGCAAAUGGUUGAAUAACUGCAUUGGGAAACGAAACUACAGAUUUUUUCUUGAAUUCCUUAUGGCAAGCACGAUCUCAUGUAUCCUAUUGAUCUUGCUUUCAUCAUUUAGGCUCUCAUAUUCUCCACAAGUCAGAUACACUCCUGUAAGUCUAUUAAUCAUUUGUUAUUGUGGACUUGGAAUAUGGUAUCCAUUGAUAUUAUUCAUUUACCAUAUUUUCCUUGCGGGAACUCAGCAGACUACACAUGAGUACUUACGAAGUAUCGGCUCUAAGCACCCAAUAUUCCACAAAAUCACCCGAAAUCGAGACAGUCCGUAUGAUAGGAAUUCGAUGUUCUUCAACUUGAUACACCUUUGGUUCCAAGAAAGAGGAUGGAACCUUGUGGAUCCAAGACGAAAACAACAUUAUCCAGCGGAUAUACGAUUCCGAAAACUUCCGGAAGCUCAUAGCUUUGAGACUGUAUAA